AUGUCUAAGAGAACAGCUCAAGGCCCUCAAGGGGACAAGGACAGCGAUUUAUUCCAAUUCAACAUGUCUAGUACACCAGAAGAAAAGCCCCAGCGGGCCACAGCUGCGCAACUGGCGGCAAGAAAAAUCAAGGAUGUUCGAAGACGGCCGCGUGUUCCUGGCGCACCGGCUGCUACCCCGAGUGCGUCCUUUGGCGGGCCGUUCAGCUCCAUUGAUCCUAACACAGUCUCUUCUCCAUCAGCGGGCCAGCAGCCGAUGUCGAAUGGCUUUAGUUUUGGACAGUCACAAAGCUUUCCUCCGGCUAGUCCAGCUCCCAAACCCCCAGCCCAGAACGGGGGCUCACAAUUUUCCUUCGGCUCUGGAGGUGGCCCAUCAGAUUUCAAUUUCUCCGCCUCUUUUGGUGGGGCAUCGUCGACACCUGCGAGCAAUCCUUUCGCCUCUGUGAAUCCUGGUGGUGCUAGUCAACAGCCGGCCGGGGGCAGUUUCUCUGGGUUUAAGGGAAAUAUGUUCAACGUUCCUUCCACCGCAAGCCAAUCUCCCGCCCAACAACCUCUGCCUUCCGGAGGUGGUCUGUUCGGAGCCGGAUCUCAACAAAGUGGUUCCACGGGGGCCCUGUUCGGCAAUACUGCCAGCAGCGGGCCUUCAUUUCAACCGAGUACUGCUGCUCCUACAAACGGAAACAUAUUCGGCCAGUCUACUACCGGUGCUCCUUCGACAAACAUUUUCGCUCAAUCUGGGCAAGACAAACCGAACGCCUUUGGGCAGUCUACAGCAUUCGGAAACGACUCGAUGCAAACUUCCCCCGAUGCGAAGUCUGCCGCUCAGAAACCAGCGUUUGGGAGCGGAAGCAGUGGCUUCGGGGUUUCGACAAACUUUGGUGGUUCUGGAGGUGGAAAUCUAUUCGGCGGUACAACUUCGGCGUCGCCAUCAAAGCCGCUGUUUGGAGCAAAACCAACAGAGCAGCCCGCGACUUCAUCGCCGUCUCUCUUCGGUGCUACAACCCAACCUACAUCGUCAGCCCCUGCGGCGCCGUCCUUCGGUGGUGGCCCAUCCUCGACUGGUAGUGCAACACCUUCGCUCUUCAGCACAUCAACACCUAAACCUGCAACAACACCACAAAGUCCGUUCCAGUCUACGAAUAUUUUUGGUGCUCCUGCCCCCUCUACGUCGCAGAAACCCUCCGAGGAGAAAGCCAAAGAAGAAACAAAAGCCAGCCAGCCUACGCCAUCUCAACCGUCAUUUACCUUCUCUGGUUCAACUUCUGGAGCACCGUCAUUCUCUCAAAGUACAGCAGCAGCUCCGGCCCCGUUUGGUGGCUCAUCGCAACCUCCAUCAACGGGAAGUUUGUUUGCGCCAAAGACUGCUUCUUCGGAACAAGAAAAACCCCAGCCUACCGGAGGCAACCCGUUCAGCAACCUAUUUGUUCCAAAGCCAGCAGCUGCAGAAGCGCCUAAGACCGAGCAGAAACCAUCAACACCUCCUAAUAUAUUUGCUCCGAAGCCAGUGUCGAACGAAGAACCAAAGACGAAUGAACUCUCAAAAACAUCUACUUCCGCUUCGCCUUUCUCCGCUUCGACCCUUGGCCAACCUUCAGCACCUGCACCCCAAUCUCCUGCAUUCUCGAUCCAAAAACCGCAGGCUGUUUCUCCGGUUUCGGCAUUUGCUCCCCAAACGACUCCUCAAAGUCCGUUCAAGACCAAUGGCACUAAACCAGCAGCAGAUGUGCCGUCCUCAUCAUCUACUUCUACCGCGCAGGCGCCAGGAGUUGACAAAUUACAACCUGCCAAGAUGCCGCCUGGUCUAGACAAGAGCACAAAGGAGGAUGUGCAAAUGGCCUAUCGCGUUCGCCUACUGAAUGAAUCUUUCCAGCGCGAAGUCGCAAAGUUGAACCCAGCCACUCAUAGUUUCGACGCCAUUGUUCAAUUUUACCUGCGCACUCGUGAGACGAUUGGUGUCCCGGUUGAAGGCGCGGGUACCAAGCGUAAAGCGCCUACCAACAGCGAUGGAGCAGCUGCUGCCCAGCCUUCUAAAAAGGCUAAACAAUUCGGCGAUGUUGGAGACUCUACUGCUGCUGCUGCGUCCCCAAGCAAGAUCACCUCACCCCAACUUUUCGGCGCUAGCCAAUCGACUCCUCCGACCACUAACAAACGAAAAGCAACCGAGGUCGACGAUAACGACGUAACCUCACCGCACCCUGCCAAACGUACCGGUGGCGACUCCACGACGGCGAGCAUCUUUGCAAACUCAUUUUCACGAUCUAAGACCUCUGAAGCCAAUGAGCCCGCGGGUGCUCCUUCGCCCAAGAAACUUGAUGCGCCGUCCUUCAAGCCGUCCACCCCGGAGUCUACCAAGCCUGCUUUGUUCUCCACAACUCCAACAGCAUCGCCUCCUAAGCCGAUGUUCUCCGCGUCCACUGCACCCGCAAGUGCCACUCCACCAGCAAAUCCCUUUGUUUUGAAACCAUCGGGCGAUACUGGUGCUAGUUCUUCGGCUACCCCUUUGGCUAUUCCUAAGUUUGGCUCUGGCAACACCAACUUUUUCGCGCAGUUCAAGUCUAAGUCUGACAAGGAGGCUGAGAAAGAGAAGGCAAAGCGCAAAGCCGAAGACUUUGACUCCGACGAAGAUGACGAGGCAGAAUGGGAACGAAAAGACGCGGAAAACCAGCGCAAGAAGCGUGAGGAAAUCGAAGCGCAAAGGCAUAAACGUGCUAGAUUCGUUCCCGGCCAAGGCUUCUCUUUCGAUGAAGAGAACAGUGCUACGGAUGAGGAAAAGUCGGAUGCUAGCCCGGCCUCGUCGAUCCUGGAUAUCAAGCCGAACUCCAUAGGAAAGCCUAGCAACAUAUUCGGUCAUCUGUCAGCGACUCCAUCUGAAAGUGGAGAUAAUGAGAAUGAUGACGACGCCGAUGACACCGAGGAAGCCUCCGCUUCAGGUGAUGACGCUGCCAGAGAAUCGUCUUUCGCGCCAACUGAGGACCUCGAGGCAGACAAGGCUAAUUCGAAGACCAACGGCACCCGUGACUCCUCUGCUCUUGAAAGCAGUGACGAUGGUGAUUUUACAAAGGCCCUGAAGAAGUCGAAGCCGGCGGACAGCUCUGAUGAGCCCGCCUCGGAAGACCAAAACUCGGGUAGUCGCAGCUUGUUCGAUCGUGUUGAGUAUGACCAAGAAGGAAAGCCGAAGCGUCAGGGUGAGGAUGAUAAGGUCUCUUCACUUCUCGGCUCCUCUAAGUAUGCGUCGUCCUUCAAUAGCUCGGCAUCUACUCCAAACCCAUUCGGUGCCCCUUCUCAGCCCCAGGCGGAAAAUUCUGGUGAAAGCGCUACGUCUAAGCCUGCCUCGACGAAUAUCUUCGGAGGCUCGACAGCAGCGUCGGGCGCAAGCACUCCUUCAAUCUUCGCUACCGGAAGCAGCCCGACAAAGCUUGGCAGUGAUAACACGUGGAAACUCAACUCGCCCAUAAAGUUCGCUGACUCUACAACAGCGGCUCCGGCCUCAGCAGAAAAGUCCGAUUCUGAAAAGCCGGCAGGUUCAGCGUCUGGAUCUGCAAACCCUUUCUCGACCCUCUUUGGAGCUUCGUCUGCGGGAUCUAAAUCUGGUUCCAACGGUGCUCAGGGGACUCCCGGCUUCUCGUUCGGUGGCCCAUCGCAGACCGGUUCGUCCUUUUUGGCUCCGUCAGCGGUCACGUCAGAAACUCCAAGCCGUGCAUCGACACCUGGAAUGACUUCCGACACUGGAGCUGAGUCUGGCGAUGGUGAUGCUGCGGAGUCUUUGCCCCAGGUUGAUCUUUCUCGAAGUGGCGCUGGCGAAGAGGACGAAGAUGUUGUUGUUGAGGUCCGAGCACGCGGCCUGAAAAUGGUCAACAGCGCCUGGGCUAGUCAAGGCGUGGGUUCUGUCCGCAUAUUAAAGAAUCGAACCACAUCCCGCUCUCGUGUUCUGCUCAGAGCCCAACCUAGCGGGAACGUGGUGUUGAACGCAAGAUUGAUGAAGGAGAUCAAAUACAGCGUUAACGGGACAAAUGUCCAGUUUAUUGUUCCUCAACCCGAGGGGACUGCCGCAAUGUGGGCUAUCCGUUGCAAGAAGGAGGAUGUAUCCAAACUUGCAACCGCAAUGGAAGAAAACAAAUCAUAA